AUGGCCUCUCGUGAACAGCGCGAGCAUCUCAUGAGUGGUGGUUAUGCUUAUGGAUAUGACGGCUCAUCCACAGAUGUGGAUGUGGCGACCUCGCAGAUGGACAGUGAAGAAGACGACAGCACGGACGGUGGUUUUGAUGAGAAAGCGAUGAAAAAAUCUCGUGGAUGCCGGCCACCUCUCACCGCUGCUUGUUGUUGCCAUUGCUGCUAUGUUUGCCAGUUCCUGAUGUUCAUGGUGAUCUUCCCCCUUUGGACCAAGUGGCUUGUGACAAAUCCAAUGCCAACGCAGUAUUGGCAUGAGCAGUAUCCCAAGUGGCCCUCCAUUCAAGCAGUUGGCGGACAAGAUCUCGCCGCUGACAGCCUUGUGUCAUACCCGAUCGAGAUGUCGCCCAUCCCGACUCAAUCAGACAGUUGCAAUUUCAGCUGCUCCUCUUGGCGUGGCUACCGAACCAACGAAAUGAACUUCCGUGUCAGCCUCACAGUCAACGACUCUGUUCUCUCCCGGGGCUACGUGCACACGAUCUACCCCGUUUUGCUGGCGAGUGCGGACUUCAACGACUGGUGGGUGGUGGCAGACAGGCGGUUUGCUUACCCGGCACCAUUCUGGCGCGCCAAAACAGACAAGACCGGACACGCGUACACUUACACGACCGACACCUGCAUCAGCCCGCCAGCAGGCGACAAGGUCACGCGUGAAGCAAACUCCGGCGUCUAUGUCUUGGCGUGUGUGGUCUGGAGCCCCACAAGCUUUGCUGAACUGGAGGCAAAAUCUCAGUUGGACGAUGCAGACCUCGGCCAGUACUGCUACACGGCAGGCGGUGUGUGCGGCUGGACAUGUGACUCCGUGGUCAACUCUGACUUGCUAGAGGGAUGCACGGCAGACAGCACCAUUAAGAUGACAUCAUCAUCCGUGGCUGGACGCGAAAUUCCUUCGGCAGAAUUCCAAGGCAGUGUGGAGAUGAGGGAGUGUUUGCAAGGCAAUAAAGCAGGCAAGUGCGAGACUGCAACCGAGAAGUUCAAGCAGUGGAAAUGCCACAAGUGCUUGUACGACCCCCGGACAGAGGAUGACAUGCGAAGGCGUCUGCAGAUCAUUCCAGGAAUUGGUGGUUUACCUGCAGGAUUGCCAGGGAUGGACGAUCCUGAUAGCCCACUCCCAGGAAUUGGAGGAAGUGAUGGUGGACUGCCAGGCGUCAUUGGGGGAGACAGCGACUCCUCGACCGCGAAGACACCCACGAUCUACACGUCGUUGCCACGUUUCCACAUCACCGUCACCGGUGCGACGAUCCCCGAAGGCACGGACGUCUUCAGCCAGCCUCGCAUCUUUGUCCUGCAAUCCUCCAGGGAUCAGCGCGGGACCUGGAGGAAGCUCUACAAGAACGACUACGGCAUGACACAGCCUCCGAUUGUCGUGGGCAAGGACGGCAAGCCUUUGGUCAAGGAGAAAGAGUCGGACUCCUACGAUGAGGAACUUGCCCCAGUGCAGGACCCGGUUAGCAAGCAUGCCAUGUCCCUGAACCAGCAGAACCGCUUGGAGGUCGAUCCCGGCUGGUGCUACGGCCGGCAAGGGCCACUCUACCUGGUGGCAUGUGCUGUAAACAGCACUCUCUAUGAGGGUGGCUUUACGAACUUCAAAGCUGGUCAACAGGCGGCUCCUCCACCUUUCAACGACCGUUGCGUUGCCGUGUCGGGUCGUUGUGCACAUGCAUGUCAACCAGACCAAACGCCGAUGGCAAACUGCACGGCUGAUGGUCAUAUUCUUCAAAGCUCCUUGGUUGGAUACGUGGGCUACCAGAAGAACCAGACAGCUCCGGUUUGGCUCUUCUGCUACGUGCUUCUGAUCGGCUUCGGAGUGAAGGCAGUCAUGCUUUGUCCCGGUGUGUUUUCGCCGUACCCACACUUCCGACGAUACGAUCCCGAUCUCACGUCCCAGCUGCGCUACAUCGUCGUUACCAUUCCGAGUGCCGGAGAGAACAAGUGCACAGUUUUGCGGAAUAUCGUGGGUGCCAUCGGCUGCAUGCCCAAGGAUUGCAGGUGCCGCUACCACGUGGCCUUUGUCGACGAGGGUCACAGAGCCGAGCAGAAGCUCAUGUUCAUGAAGUUGGCCUCCGUCAUUGAGAAGAUUCCGAACUUUGGAGGUGCUUCUUACGAGGAGAAUGUGAGCCGCUUUUUCCAGCAAUGGGUGGAGGAUACCAAGAAGAUGGAUCUCAAGAAAUUGAAAGACGGCUACGAUGGAGAGGUUGAUCCUAAGGACAUGGACAAGAUGGCCGGCAAGAAUGCAUUGAAAACACUAAAGAAAGAAGGUGGAUGGGGCUCGAUGCCACCGCAUGUCCUUGAGCCACUUUCGGAUGCUCUGAUCGUCUUGGAGGAGGACCUGAGAAAUCUCAAGAAGGAAAAGAAAGACCUUCAUCGUGACGACGUGGCAGACUGGGAACCCCAGGAUCGCAACAGCUUGGCCCUUCGCCUGCACUACCUGGCACGGGCAAAGCCCAUGGAGGACGAGAGGACCAUCAAGGCGCAACAUGUGGCCCCGGGAACCUGGUACUACAAGGUCCCACAGAACGCAGACAACAAGGACUGGCUGAAGCUGCGUUCCAAUGCUCGGCAGAUGGUAUAUGGUUUGGAAGAUGAUGACCACUUCAUGCACAAUGUGCCUCUCCGAACCAGUCGUGGCAAGGCAGGUGGUUUGAAUUUCUGCGAGAACUACUUGUGCCUCUAUGCAGAUAAGACAGAGAACAUGUACGGUGACUCCCGCGACCUCGCGCCUUGUCUCUACAGCAUUUGCGAUGCCCGGCACCAGUUCCAAACGGAUUUCUUCCACAGCACCAUUCCGUACUUCUUCGACGAUGAGAUGGAGCUCAAUCAAUAUGUGGGUUUCACACAGUGCCCCCAGUAUUUCCAUGAGAUGCAAGACGAGGUUGACUAUUUGGAUAACAAUAACGCACAGUUCUUCCGACUGAACUGCAUGAUCCGGAAUUGCUGCGGUGGUGUCAGCUCUUGUGGAACGAACGGCACAUGGAUGAUCAGGCAUCCAGACAAAGACUUGGUUUGGGAGAAGGAGCGUCGGAGGGUGCGGGACGUCGAAAGCAAGCGAAAGAUUCAGGAGCUGGUGGAGCGCCGCACCUUCCACGAGAGCUGUAAGGUCGAAGACACUGCAAGUAGUUUGCAGCAAGUGCUCCGAGGCCGCCGGUCCCAGUUCAUCAACCGCCGGUUGUCCUAUGGCAUGGCGAAGAACCCUAUCGACUACUUGGCGGCCGUGCAGCGAUGGGCCGAGGGAGGAGUGGUCCUGUCGCUGCAGACGUUCUUCAGCUGCCACAAGGGUGUCUACAUGGUGUGGUUCACGCUGAUCUUCUUCUUCUGCUUCCUCGCCUCGCUGUUCCGCCUCGUCAGCAAGACAGACACCACGUGGGAGAUUGUCAAGUGGGGCUUGGUGGAUGAAGCCUGGUAUCAUAAUACCAUUCAGGAGCCGGUUGUGUCUUGGCUGCGGACAAUGGGGAACAUUGCCAACAACAACUACUACAAGCGACAUCCAGAUCUCCUCGACACGUUUGUGACCAUGACUCUCCAGUUCACGAUCUGGGUUGUCAGCUUGAUUUUCUUCCUCGUCCUGGUCUUCCUGUUCACUGAGCUGCUGAAGUUCAUCCAACGUCGAUGCGGCUUGCAGUUGCCCGUUGUGUGGCCAGAUGAGAUGCGUUGGUGGGCGCGACUCCUCAUCUCGAUGGAUAACUUGACAUAUUUCCUGUGGUUCUGGACUGCCUUCUUCUGGAUUGGUUUCAACUACUACAGCAUCUUUGCGAAGCGGACUUAUCACUUCUCCUCCACCGGCAUGUUCUCGUUUAUGCUUACAGUGCAAAUACUAAGCUGGGGCAUGGUCAUUGCCUCGUCGAUGCGCUACACUCUCUCAACCAGUAUGGAAGCCAACGAGGUGAUCGGCUUAUCCAUGGACAACAUCUGGCGCUCAACACAGCUGUUCUACAUGACCGCCCCUUUGCUCUUGUACUCCAUUAUUAAGGGAACGCAGGACUACAUCAGGUACCAGCUCUAUGGGGAAGACAUCAGCUUCUGGGUCGGUGGAGAUCGCGGUGUGAUGUCUACCAAUCUUGUGAAAUAUUGGACGCUGCUGUUGAUCCUCGGCGCGAUGGGUGCUUGGAUCUACUACAUCAUCGAGGGGCGCAAGCACACCGGAGUCAUGUCGGCUGUGCUCAUUGUCUCCCUGAUUGCCCUCGAUGUUCUGCACCCGUGCACCUACCUGUGGGUGGGACGGACCAAAAUGACCAAAGAGAAGGCGGCCAAGCUCACGUGGAGUCAGGCCGUGGUGACCCGAGGAUGGUGGGAGCUGAUGCUCCAGAGGCUUAUCUUGAACCCAACGGUCACUGGCGUCUUCAAGUGGCUGGGACCAGCUUGGUUCGUGCUGAUGCCCUUCCUCGUUCUUUUCAUGCCAUACAUUGGCGUUAACCAAGCCUUUAUGAUGACAUGCAGGCUGUGGGCGCUGACGCUUGUGGUGCUGGGAGUGAAGCCGGGCAAGAACAUGUUUUCGAUGAUUGCAGCACGGAGAACCAGUUCUUGUGCCCCUGCGUUCACUGCGGCAUGCUGCUGUCAUUGCUGCUAUGUGUGCCAGUUCCUCAUCUUUCUCGUGGUGUUCCCGCUGUGGACGAAGUGGCUGGUGACGAACCCGAUGCCGACGCAGUACUGGCACGAGGCCUACCCGAAGUGGCCAGCCAUUGCUGCAGUCCACGGCCAGGACCUCGCAGCGGAACAUAGCGAUGGAACCCACCAGCAACAUGCAAUCCAGAUGUCCCCGCUGCCAACAGAUGCAGACAGUUGCAACUACUCCUGUUCAUCCUGGCGUGGAUACAGGACUAACGAAAUGAACUUCAGAGUCAGCCUUACUCUCAACCACUCCGCGCUCUCGAAGGGAUACGUCCACACAGUCUACCCUGUAUUGCUAGCCUCGGCAGACUUCAAUGAUUGGUGGGUCGUUGCGGACAGACGCCACGCUUGGCCAUCUCCGUUUUGGCGCGCAUGGACCGACACGGCUGGCCACGCGUAUGUGCAUGAUACAGACUCCUGCAUUCGACCUCCAGUAGGUGAUUUCGUGGACGUGGCUCCGGCAAACUCUGGCUUGUACGUGCUGGCGUGUGCUGUAUGGAGCCCUGACAGUUUUGCCGAGCUAGAGAAGCUCCAUGAACUUGAUGAUGCCGCAGUCGGAACACACUGCUAUGCCGCCGGUGGUGUUUGUGGUUGGACCUGUGAUUCCGUGUUAAAUUCCAACUUGAUGCAGGGUUGCACCGAAACUGGCACCAUUCAAAUGACUUCCUCAUCUGUGGCUGGCCGGGAGAUCCCAACAGCGAACUUCAACGGAGCCGUCGAGAUGAAGCAGUGUAUUGAAGGAAGACUGCCUGGGGAUUGCGAGACGACAACGGAAAACUUCCAAAACUGGCAAUGCCAUGAAUGCAUGUAUGACCCCAGAACCGAGGAGGACUAUCGACGGUUGCAGUUCAUUCCAGGCAUUGGUGGGUUGCCCCCAGGCCUAGCUGAUCCGGAAGGCUCACUCCCAGGAUUUGGCACAGAAAGCACGAGUGGAACAAGUGGCACCUCGAUAGGGGGUGAUCCAGACAGCAGCAGUACGGCAAAGACACCAGUUGUGUACACUUCGCUUCCGCGAUUCCGGAUUACGGUGAGCGGCAUGACCAUCCCAGAGGGCACAGAUGUCUUUAGCCAACCGCGUGUUUUCGUGCUGCAGUCGUCACGUGAGCGAGGGAAGUGGCAAAAGCUUUACAAAAGUGACUACACCCAAACAGACCCUCCGGUGCCAGUGGGUCCGAAUGGAAAGCCGUUGAUCAAACAACGAGACAAUGAGUACGACGAAGAGCUCCUGCCCGUCAAGGAUCCCGUGAGCAAGCAUGCGAUGAAGUUGAACCAACUAAACCGAAUGGAAAUCGAUCCCGGUUGGUGCUAUGGUCGGCAGGGGCCACUGUAUCUGGUGGCCUGUGCUGUCAAUAGCAGUUUGUAUGAGGACGGCUUUGAUCGCUUCAAGCCUGGCCAGCAAGCAGCCCCCCCUCCGUUCAAUGAUCGCUGCGUCGCUGUGUCAGGUCGCUGCGCACAUGCUUGCCAGUCAGGCCAAGGAGCCCUGGCAAACUGCAGCAGUGAUGGAUACAUCAAGGAGUCGGCACUCAUCGGAUUCGUUGGGUAUGAGAAGAACCAAACCGCUCCUGUCUGGCUUUUCUGCUACGUGCUCCUGAUCGGCUUCGGUGUAAAGGCAGUCAUGCUUUGCCCAGGUGUCUUCUCCCCGUACCCGCACUUUCGCCGGUAUGAUCCAGAACUGACUGCCCAGUUGCGGUACAUAGUUGUGACGGUGCCAAGUGCUGGAGAGAACAAGUGCACAGUUUUGCGGAAUAUCGUGGGUGCCAUCGGCUGCAUGCCCAAGGAUUGCAGGUGCCGCUACCACGUGGCCUUUGUCGACGAGGGACACAGAGCAGAGCAGAAAGUUAUGUUCAUGAAGCUUGCUGCUGUCAUUGAGAGGCUUCCGAAUUUCGGAGGUGAAAGCUACGAGGAGAAUGUGAGCCGCUUCUUCCAACAAUGGGUGGAAGACACCAAAAAGAUGGACUUGGCCAAAGUGAAGGAUGGGUAUCCCGGUGAGGUCGAGCCCGAGAUUCUCUCGCGCAUGAGUGGCAAGAAUGCGCUGCGAAAGCUGCGGAAAGAAGGUGGCUGGAGUUCAAUGCCGUCCCAGGUAUUCGAGUCCCUCGACGUUGCCCUACAUGCUUUGGAGGAGGAUCUCAAGAAUAUGAAAAAAGAAAAGAAAGACCUUCAUUUGGAUGACGUGGCAGACUGGGAGCCCCAGGAUCGCAACAGCUUGGCCCUUCGCCUGCACUACCUGGCACGGGCAAAGCCCAUGGAGGACGAGCGGACCAUCAAGGCGCAACAUGUGGCCCCGGGAACCUGGUACUACAAGGUCCCUCAGAAUGCCGAAAACAAAGACUGGCUGAAGCUGCGUGCAAAGGCUAGGGAGAUGGUAUAUGGUAUGGAAGAUGACGAUCCCUUCAUGAACAAUGUGCCUCUCCGGACCAGUCGCGGCAAGGCAGGUGGUCUAAACUUCUCGGAGAACUACUUGUGCCUCUAUGCGGACAAGACCGAAAACAUGUACGGCGAUGAAAGAGACAACUUUCCAUGUCUGUAUAGCAUUUGCGAUGCCCGGCACCAGUUCCAAACGGAUUUCUUCCACAGCACUAUCCCAUACUUCUUUGAUGAUGACAUGGAACUCAAUCCAUAUGUUGGCUUCACUCAGUGCCCUCAGUUCUUCCACGAGAUGCAGGACAAACUCGACUACCUAGACAACAACAAUGCACAGUUCUUUCGACUGAACUGCAUGAUCCGGAAUUGCUGCGGUGGUGUCAGCUCUUGUGGAACGAACGGCACAUGGAUGAUCAAGCAUCCGCAGGGUGACCUGGUUUGGGAGAAAGAGCGUCGGAGGGUGCGGGAUGUCGAGAGCAAGCGCAAGAGCCAGGAGUACGUGGAGCGCCGCACCUUCCACGAGAGCUGUAAGGUCGAAGACACGGCAAGUAGUUUGCAGCAAGUGCUGCGAGGCCGCCGGUCCCAGUUCAUCAACCGCCGGUUGUCCUAUGGCAUGGCGAAGAACCCCAUCGACUACUUGGCGGCCGUGCAGCGAUGGGCUGAGGGAGGAGUGGUCCUGUCGCUGCAGACGUUCUUCAGCUGCCACAAGGGUGUCUACAUGGUGUGGUUCACGCUGAUUUUCUUCUUCUGCUUCCUCGCUUCGCUGUUCCGCCUCGUCAGCAAGACAGACACCACGUGGGAGAUUGUCAAGUGGGGCUUGGUGGAUGAAGCCUGGUACCAGCAGACCAUGCAGCCGGCUGUGUCUUGGCUGAGGAGCUGCGAACUCAUUGCUCGCAGUGCCUACUUCAAUGAGCAUCCAGAGCUUUUUGAGACGUACCUGACCAUGACGCUUCAGUUCAUCGUUUGGGUGGUCAGCCUGGUCUUGUUCAUGUUCCUGGUCUUUGUGCUGACGGAAAUGUUGAAAUUCAUCCAGCGAGUGUGCGGGCUGAAGCUGCCAAUCAUGUGGCCAGACGAGAUGAGGUGGUGGGGGCGGUUGCUGAUUUCGAUGGACAACCUCACAUACUUCAUCUGGUUCUGGUGCGCUUUCUUCUGGAUUGGAUUCAACUACUACAGCAUCUUUGCGAAGCGGAAUUAUCACUUCUCCUCCACCGGCAUGUUCUCAUUUAUGCUUACAGUGCAAAUUCUGAGCUGGGGCAUGGUCAUUGCCUCGGCCAUGCGCUACACUCUCUCAACCAGUAUGGAGGCCAACGAGGUGAUAGGCUUAUCCAUGGACAACAUCUGGCGCUCAACACAGCUGUUCUAUAUGUCAGCGCCUUUGCUCUUGUACUCCAUCAUCAAGGGAACGCAGGACUACAUGAGGUACCAGCUCUAUGGGGAAGACAUCAGUUUCUGGUUGGGCGGAGAUCGCGGAGUAACAUCGACAAACCUGGUCAAGUAUUGGACGCUGCUGUUGAUCCUUGGUGCUGUGAGUGUUUGGAUCUACUAUGCCAUUGAGGGAAGAAAGCAUACUGGAGUGCUGUCGGCUGUCAUCAUCGUCACUCUGAUCGCUUUGGAUGUGCUCCACCCAUGCACCUAUCUAUGGGUUGGGCGAACUAAGAUGACACCAGAAAAGUCUGCCAAGCUGAAGUGGGGCGAGGCGUUGGUGACUCGUGGCUGGUGGGAGCUGAUGAUAGGCAGGCUGAUCCUGAACGAGACGGUUACGGGAAUCAUGAAAUGGUUGGGCCCGGCUUGGUUUGUAUGCAUGCCCCUUUUGACACUGGUGAUGCCGUACAUUGGCGUUAACCAGGCAUUCAUGAUGAUUGGAGCGACCAAUCGAUAA